CACUUCAGGCCCAACACACACAGGGACCGGGGCGUUUGGCGUUUGACAUACCGAGUGCAGUUCUGGAGCAUUAACUUCUUUGUGGAGUUCCCGCAGUUCAAAUUUGCAGCGAUGUUCGGUGUGUCAAAGAGGACCAUCAGGAGGCGCAUGCAACAAUACAGUUUAAGGUAUUUACACUAAAUUCAUGAGUUUUCUGUUUAUGAAUUGCUGCUCUCAUACACUCGGAAAGAAUAUGACGUUUAAGGUAACAUUACUUGAUGUUGUGUUUUUCUUGUUUGUACAGAAAGACAGAUCUCUAUUCAGCUGUGAAUGAUGAGGAGUUAGACCGUAUUGUAAGUGAAAUUCACAGAAGUCAUCCAAACACCGGCUACAAGCUAAUGCGUGGUCACCUGAAUGCAAGAGGUGUGCAUGUUCCAAGUGAGUAGAUAAUAAUAUGGGCAUUAUUUAAAUGUAUUUUUAAUUUGGAGCUCUGCCCCUUUGAAAGGUGAAGGAAGCCCGCUUAUGGAAAGACAUCAACCUGUGAGCUGUAGUUUCUACAGUGCAUACUAUGCAAAGCUGUAUUAUUUUAAAAAACUGAAUAAGUAACAUUUCAUUUCUCACUGCCUUGGUGACCAAAAAUAACAAUCUUGUGUAAGGACAUGUCAAACUAGUUUUAAGUACAAGACUGAUUAUGCUUGUCAUCCAUUCAGGUUCCUGAAGAAUAUGGGAUCGAUUGGAACGGACCUCACUGCCUUCAUCGAGGCACUGUGUCAGUCCCCGAGGUUCAGCUGGCCCGUGAGCUCUCAGAUGAAGAGGUUGCAAUUUUGCCAGCUCCAGGAGUUUCUGUUACUGAUGCACUUAGACUAUAUGUAGAGACUGUGGAAGUGUUAUCAAGAAUCUUAGACUGAUGUCCAACCCAUGUUUUUAUUUGUUGUGUUAGAACAAGCAAGGAAAAACUGAAAGUUUACUUUCCUUUUAAAAGAAAGGAAAAAAAGCUGUUUCUUUGAAGCUUCCUGUCUCAUUAUGGUCCACAGAAUGACUAACAUGAAUGCUGUACUGUUAGCACUGAAGGUGCAGAACAGUUUGAUUUUAGUAAAUGGAAGAAAAAAAAGUCAACUACUGCACAGUGUGUUAAUGUUUUCAAAGACACUGAACUUGUGUCAAUUCAUCUGAACUGUGUAUGCAUUGACAUUAGGGCUGGGCAAUAUGGAGAAAAUCAAAUAUCACAUUUUUGACCUAACACCUUGAUGUCGAUAUUGCAACGAUAUUGUAAGGUUGACAAUUGGUGCAUUCACAAAAUAUCUUCCACAUUUAGAUUUCGGAUAAAUAACUAUCAUAUUGUGGAUAUAAUGACUAAGUGGUAAAAGGCAAAUAAUAGAACAGCUAGAACAGUCUGGUAAGUUCAGAAAAUGACAUCACUUUACUGUAAUGCAGCCUUUGAAACCAGGAAAAGACUAAACUUACCAUGUAACGAUAUUACACUUCUUCAAAAUCUAAUGGUGCUUUUCCAUUACAUGGUACCUACUCGCCUCGUCCUAAAAUCUGCAAUGGGAAACGGACGCACAGCGAGUCGAGGCGAGUCAAGUAGGUACUGGUAAUGGAAAAGCACCUUAAGACGAUAUCUAGUCUUAUAUCACGAUAGAUAUAAUAUUAAAAUAUUGCCCAGCCCUAAUUGACGUCUGAAAAAACUUAAACAAGCCCAAAUCCAGUACUUUUUAUGGCAGCGACAAGUGCUUUCUCAAAGUCCAUGUAGAGUUUGAAAUGAGCUGGCAGCUUUAGGGUUUCAAAGCAUGUGGAGGACGUAGGAAGGGUUCCCCCAGAAAUCUCCACUCUCAGUUCAGGAGGAAGCAUCUCCCAGCCAACCCAGAAUGUCAGCAGCUGGGCCAGGGUACCUGAUGAAGCUAAAAGUCAUAAAAUGGAUUAAAGACAUUUAGUUCAACUGUAAUUGAUCAUAUCUAUCCAUGAGACAUAGAAGCAUUUGUAAAGAGAGAAAAUAAGGUUUAUACCUGUUUCAAUGAACAUCCUUAGAAAGCCAGUGAUGCGGCAGGUGGUGUCUAAGUCAAAGUCUUCAUCAUCACUGUCCUCAACUGGCCAUGUGAUUUUUUCUAGGAGCAUCUUAAAGAAAACAAAAAUUGUAAUUUAAAAAAAGGGAGAACUUAUUUUGGUGAAGGACUAUGCAGAUCAAAAUCUUAGAAAAUUGAAAAAUAUCCAUCUCAGUCAUUGAAAAUACACGUAAAUUCAUCAAGUUAAGUCACAAAUAUAACUAAAUUACUGACUUACCUGGGGUGUGAACUGCAUUUCAGCCAUUUUGGGGAAAAGAAGUGGUACAACAUCCGGCCUAGAUGUCAGCAGGGGCCAUACCAUCACAUCUUUCAGUCCCUUUCUCAACUGUUUAAUUUGGCGCAUGGUCCUCCCAACGACCUAAGAGACAGACCGACCCAUAUUACAGCCCAAAUCCUUAACCCAAAUUUGACAAAAGUUGGCACAGUAGGAAAAAUGUUAAUAAACACAAUAAAGUGCUUUAUAAAAAUCCAUUAAAACUCUAGUACUUAAACUCUCGUGUUAACAUAACAAGCCAGGGUUCACAACACAUUCUAUAAUUUCAACAAGUACAAGCGAUGAAUUCUGUCACUUAACCAGCAGGAACUCACUGCAUGGAGUAGAAGUUUGUUAUGUAGCCAUCUCCGAUUUGUUUUGGUGACUGCCGGAAGAUCCCAAGACAUGGAAAGAUCUGAAACUGUGUCCUUCUGUUCCGGUGUAAGAUCUUCAUGUUCAAGCUAGAAUUAAGACCAUACAAGUUAUUAUAUCUGCCCAAGCAAUAUUUUUUACAUGGCAAAGUUUCUUUUAGGUUACAUACCAGUUCUAUGAUGCUCCUGAUGUGCAGAUCAGGGCAGUCUUCUGUAACAACGGUAGCCAUUUCAGGGUCCCCAUUGAACAGUACAUGAAUUACAGCAGGACUUAGUCCUGUGACAUGGGGACCAUCAUGCAGAAAGGUGUGGCCCAACAUCCUUCCUGCAACCCGGAAGAGGUUGCUUUCAAUAAGUGCCUCUGAUGCUGCUGGAACAAGAUGGUCAGGUUCACCCUCAAAUAGCAGUGUUUGGCCCAUUCCUCCUGUAAAGUACCAAGAGAGCAGGGAAUAAAGUCACAACAAUUAACCUCUUAAAUACAUUAAAUAAAAAUGUAUGAUAGAUAGAUAGAUAGAUAGAUUACAUCAUACUAGUGGCGAUUACUUGGCCUGUGGUAUUGCUGCUUGUAGAAUUCACUUAAACCAAAUUGUAGCCUACUCCAAAAUGACUUACAGAAGGACCCCAAACCACUUCAAAUUCAAUUCCCCUGUAUACCCUACUACAGACUUACCUGACACAAAACAUUGCCCACCGGCCCUCCGCUAAACAGCACAUAUCCGCGUUCAUCAACCACCAGAACGUACGUGUACGCGUGUGUGUGUGUGCGCGCGCAUAGAGAGAGGCGGUGUAGAGUGAGUCACGACACAAACAGGUGCUCAGUCAGCGUUGCAUGCAGUGUGAGAAUGGCAAGCAGCAAGAGCGGCAAAAGCCAAUGUGUGCUUCUUUUACCUAUAUAUGUAACGCUAUCUUUUGCGUUUAUCCAAACGUCGUCAAACUUGGCACUGCACUUACUCGUGACCAGAGCAAGACACCUGUCAAGUUUGAAAUCCAUCAGACUAACUGAGAGACAUGCGCUACAGACAGACAUUUCUGCAAUUUAUAGAUGGAUUAACCUUCAAAAAAUUAGUAAGAUACUUACCAAGAUCUAGACUGAAUCCAAACUGGAGUUUGGAUAUGAUUGUUGUCAUAAAGUACCGCAUCACUCCCUCUCCGAUAGCAACAUCACCUGAAAUAAAAUACUGAUAAUAACACUGGAAAAAAAGUGGCGGCCUAAUACAGGUAACUGGAUUUGGUAACAUUUAACAAGAAAGGGAGAAAAACUUCUAUUGGCUGUAAUUCUAGAAUAGCAUCCUUAAUAUUGAUUAUUCCAGAUAACAAGAGUAUAUUGUGCACAAUAUUCACAUACAUACAUAUAACAUUUUUAUCAAUUAUAUAAUUUUGUGCAUUCCAUUCUCCCAUUUAACAAUUACAUAUAAGCUACUUGAGUGGUAUAAACUGUACUGAUGUAUUUAUAUUAUAAAUGUUAUAUUACUUACCAACCAGAGUACAAUGAAGUGGACAUGCCCAUUCUUGCUGCUGUUUAUAGAAUAAGAGAAGCUCCCGUUCCCUGUCCUCUUCAGAGUCCCUUACAUCCAUCUUCAUUCUAAGUGGUUUCCCAGUUGCAUGUUCCCUUAGCAGAUUCUCUUUGAAAACUUUGGCAGCUUGAGUGGGUUCUUUAAUAAGCUUCCAUUCUAAACAAACAACAACAAUAAAGUUAUCUAUUACAGAGAGACAUAUUGUGAGUUGGCAUGUUACCUGCAUAUACAGAUAUCCUCUCACUCUACAGAACAGGAGGAAAAUUCUGUUCAUUUCACUGACAAAACGUGAGACCCAACAUCUUCAGAACCUGUCACAACGCUGAGUUGACAUAAAAACAGCACUACUAAACAACUACAAACUAAAUAUUAGAAAAAUAGAAAAACCCAGUUGCAUGUUAUUAAUUGUCUGUAACUGUAUUAUCUUAUCUAAUUAUAUCCUACAGGUGUUUAUCUUUCUAUUAACUUUUCAGUUACACACAAUCUUAUAGCAACACUAUUGUGAUGACACAAACCACUGUCUGUUUCUUUGCGAUCCAACUCCUCGUUGACAAUCACUGCCGGUACUACUGCACUCUCAGCUGAUGUUUCAGGCCUCACUGGAACACUGUCACUGACUAGGGCUGUCUCACUAUCAUUUUUCUUCACUUUGGCCUCCCUCUUGUUCUCUUUCUGAUUCCUGCAUGGGUGUCCUUGAAGUUAACACAAUUGAAAUGAUGGUCAUACUCGCUUAUUUGUGUGCACAACAAUAAGAGAGACAUAUUCCCAAAGAAAAUAAAUUAUGCUACCCUUGCAUUGCUUUAAGAAGUACAUACCCAUUGCAGCUCAAUCUGUGCAGCUUCAUCUCUGAAAAGGGAACUUCCUUCUGACAAGUGAUGCAGGGGAUGACUGGACCAGAGGCAGGACGUGAGCUCUCCUAACAACAACAACAAAUGGCUUUUAAUUAAUGAUUAAAAGUCACCAGUAAUCUUUGUUUUGAUUAUGUAUUAAACUAAGUCUCUGUAAAUGUAUGUACACAAUCUAAGGGUAGAUCCUGUUGAAGUGGACGUAUGUUGAUUGUAGCCUGUCCAAUCAUCGUCGAUGGAUCUUUCAGAUAGGCAAGGGUGUAUCCAGUGCUGGGACACUGAAGCAACGCAAGAUUUCGACUGCGAGUAGAUCCUACAAGUUUUAGAAAUUCAAAGCCUCCCCCUUGUUGGAGCUUCGGAAACACUUCCAUCAGUUUAUUUGUUAUAACCAUGGGAUUGUGGUCAUUCCCUGGAGAAAAAAACAAAACAAAAUCAUAACUCACCUCACCUUAAAUUAAGCAAAUAAGCCUGUGAUAACUAUUAUUGACACUAUGAACACCAAUUAAGUUUGAGUCACUAUAAAAAGAAAUGCAAAUAAUUUCAACAAGCCACAGACAGUACAAACUUUUUUUUACUUUUGGUAAAUGCCUAGUUUGGCACUGACCUGAAAAUGUUACUUUUUGCUCUCCAAGUCCUGAAGUAAGAAGUUCAGCUUUAAACAGUACGCUUGGAGUUUUAUCCGCAUUGUGGUCAGCCAAACAACAGACAGUGUGUGUGUAGCUUCUUCGGCUAACUUGGACUUGUGCUGGUCGUCUCGUCAUAUUCCUUCUGGCUCCAAUGUUAUAUGGCGCAAAGAGCCUUGCUACCUCCGCUGCAACACAGAAAAACGUAACAGCUCAAUGGUCACCAGUCAGCUAAAACAGCCUCUACUUCUAUCUUGGGAUGCUCAAGCCAGCUAACACCAUUUAGCCGAUUAGCGAACUAGCUAGGUUUAUGCUUCCCCCCCCCCAUUAACAAUAAACGUGUCACGCACGAAGCAUCAUAAUACCGCAUGCAAAUACAUGUUCGAGUCGAUCUAAUUUAACCUACACGUGUGUCCCGAAUCAUUAAAUAGUAGCACACCUGGCUAACAUGAAAUUACUUAGCUUACCUUGGACAGGUGUACGUGAUUGAGCGGCCGGUAUCUGCUAUGACUGAGCUGCCGGAGUCACCGGUGCCGCGGGAGCCGUUGGACUUCUGCUCAGAGCUUCCUCAAUCAAAUUCGCUGCUUCUCUCAGCAGCUCCGGGCAACUUUUAGACAUUUUGUCCUGCACCUCACACAGCGUCUCAACAUUGGGGCUAGCAGGACCGAGUCUUCUUGAUUUUUAGCCGUUGCAAUGAAAGUACUGUUUAACCGUGUAACUAAACCAACGUAGAGGUGAAUAGCGCCACCCAGUGUAUUGGAAUGUGUUCAGUAGCUCUGCAUCAAUCCAUUAUCCGGAAUUGAUUUGUCUUGGCUUGAUGCAAAGGGUAACCAAUCAGGCGUUAGGUUCCGCCUACCAACUUUUGAUGGGUCAGUUUGACAGUUUUAAGUAAUUCAUGAAUCACUCCAACGCAGGACCAUGAAAUGUAAAUGUAAAUAGUGAAAUAAUUAUAUAUGUAUUUUACAUAAAAUGAAUCGGUAUUUGAAUUAAUUAAUGAUACAUUUAAUUACACAUUUAUGUAUUUAAUUCUAAUUUUAAUUAAUUAAUGACACAUUUAAGUAAUUAUUUAAUGGUGUAUUUAUUUAUUUAAUUGUGGCACUUUUAGUCCUCCAUAUGUCUGCUCUAACAAUGAGCACAAAAACACUUGUGUGACAAGGUCUGAAGAGUGUACGUGUAAACACAGACGCAUUCUCCUUCUCUCUCUAGAUUCUCCUCCCUCAGAUUACUCUCCAUGUGCAGGACAGUCAGAGUACUGGUAAGUUUCAUGUCUACUGAUUUCAGCGGUGGCUAAAAUAAAAUGGUGUUCUAUUAUUUGGUAGCAGGGGCUGUGUUGUCAUGGUGAUGGUGUUACGAACCCCGUGGCUUUAAACAUCUAGGGUGGAUGGACAAGAGACCCGUAACAUAAUUCAUGCAAAUUAGAAUCGUGACAUGGAACAGUGAGAACAACAACUACACGACAACCAUAAACUACCGUCAAAGAUAAAAUGUUUAUUUUUGAACACAGUAAAGGUUUGGGAAAAAGGGCUGAGCAGGACCCAAGAAAUGAAACAAGUGUAAAAAAAAAACUAAACUGAUCUUGCCUGCCUCAAGAACCGCUAAGCUACUGCUAAUCAUACAAAAAUACAGUGGGUGGUCCGCUCAGGUCUAACUAGUGUUUUUAGACAGUUUUCUUCCUACGGGUAAUGUAUGCCCAAGGGCAACUUGCUUAAAUUCCCCUUUUCCCAGAAACACACAACAAAGUUACCAAACAGAGUAACCAGCAAAUGAGUGAGUACACAAAACACCACAGUAUCCAUACUCACAUACGGAAAAUAGUCUCUAACAAAGUUACCAAACAGAGUAACCAGCAAAUGAGUGCGUACACAGGACACCACAGUAUCCAUACUCACAUACGGAAAUAGUCUCUCACAAAGUUACCAAACAGAGUAACCAGCAAAUGAGUGAGUGCACAAAACACCACAGUAUCCAUACUCACAUACGGAAAAUAGUCUCUCACAACAAACACAACUGACUGGCUUUUAAACAAUGGGAUGUGUGAUUGAAAAACCAGAAACAGGUGGUGCAAUGCAGAGGAAUGUCCACUGAUUGGUCCACCUCAGCAAUCAGCAGACACCCCAACGACCACCGAUCAGGAACAUACAGGACACAUGUGAUUAGGGCAGAAGGAGAGGAAAAACACAAAAAGACACAGGAUACCUGUAUCCGUAACAGAUGGUGUAUAUGUUAGUCUCUCAGAGGCCUAGAGGAAGUGAUGCAACACUUUAGGUUUUGUGGAGAGCUGCUGCUGACGCCAUGGCCUCUGUUGCUAAGGUUACUAUGAUCACUAUCUUACUCAGAGUCUCUUCAUUUAUCAGACCUUUAUGUUCUGUCUGUCUGUCUGUCUGUCUAACUGUCUGUCUAACUGUCUGUGUGUCUGUCUUCCUGGCUGCCUGUCUGUCUGUCCGUUUCUUUGUCUGUCUGUCUCUUUGUCUGUCUGUUUGUCUGUCAGUCUGUCUGUCUUACUAAACAGCUGACCAACCUACCUUACUUUAUUGAGUGAUCUAUCCACCAAUCGACCUAAUGACAGUUGCAGCUAUCCAUCUAUGAUAUGUAUAGUGUGGAAAGCAUAGGGUUUGCAAAAAUCUGGUAAUUUCUGGAAAAACUGGGAAUUUUGAGUCUUUCCUCCUGUCUGUGGUCAGGUCUGAUGGUAUCUAUGAUACAUACAGUACUCUGUAAAGUCUCUCCUCCUGUCUGUGGUCAGGUCUGAUGAUGUGGACCAGUAUUGGUCUGGUAGUCAUGGUGACAGUGUUAGGACUGGUCCUGCUCCUGUUCUACAGACAGAGGAGAGGAACCAGGAGAACACCACCACCACCACCAGUCUCCUCCAACACACAACCUGACCCUACUGGAGAGGUGAGAGAUACAAGGGUGUGUGUGUGUGUGUGUGUGUGUGUGUGUGUGUGUGUGUUUGUCCAUAACAACUUGUAAUGCAGAGGUGAUAGACAGGGAGGUUGACUGUGUGUGAUGGUAAACUAAACAUCUAAGGAUUGACUGUGUGAGUCUACAGCAUCCUCUAAUGGGUUUCUACUGUAGUCUGUUAUCAUUCCUCAAUCUGUCAACAUGAAGAACCUGCUGCAAACAACACUUGUUCAUUAGACAGCUCAGCUUCAACAGAUAAUGGAUUCUCAGACUCAUAGGCUGCGUUAACACAGGCAGCACAAUUCUGAUCUUAAAAAAUGGGGUUUUGACCAAUCAGAUUAGAUAUGUUGCCAAUAAUUGGUGUCUGUGUAGAUGCAGACAUAUUAACAAUGUAGUUCUUCAUUGACAUUGUUUGGUUUGCACCUUGACUCACGUUGGUUGAGGGCCCUCCACUUCUUUUCAUAUCUGACCAUGUAGUUGUUGUCAUUGGUUCUCUAUGCAGGUUGACUGUGUGUAUGAGGAGAUCAGAGAGGCAGACAGACAGACAGACAGACACACUCCCUGUGGUCAUCCCUUCAGUCUACUCUGCUGUCAACUCACCUACCAACUCUACAACCUACCCUGCUGGAAAAGACUCUACAACCUACCCUGCUGGCCAAGACUCUACAAACCACCCUGCUGGCCAAGCCUCUACAACCUACCCUGCUGGCCAAGCCUCUACAACCUACCCUGCUGGCCAAGUCUCUACAACCUACCCUGCUGGCCAAGCCUCUACAACCUACUCUGCUGGCCGAGCCACAGGUAGUCCACACUGUGACAUCUAUGCUAACGCUAGCUGCCGCAAAUAUUAUAUAAAUCCAAGCUAUUCUACUGCAGAUCAUCCAGCUUCUCUCAUCUACUCUAAUGUGGAUCUACCCAAAGAUUCUAGAGUCUCUUUAAGCCCUCCAACAGCCAGUGGAACCCAGGAUGAUUCCAUCUAUUCUACAGCCCAGCUACCCAAAGAU